AUGGAGCUAUUAGCUGCGCAGAACGAGCACCGUGGGCCGACGCAGCAACAAGGGGCGUUAUGGCCGCCCACACCGCCACCAUCGGCACACACAAACCCCUUCCUGACCCCCGCGGACACGAACCCCAACUCUGCUAACUGGAGCUAUGAGCACAUUGUGAAGGAAGUGGACGCUGCUUAUGGGCCGCGGUCAGAGCACGCUGCAGCUGUUGGCAUCGAGCUGAGGCAGAGAGUCAGGAAACAAGGUGAAACCAUGCACACACUCCGAGACGACAUCUAUGAAAAGGUCGCUAUUGUGUAUGGUGACCGUACUGAACUGGAACAGGACUGUGUAGCUGUGGAGAUUUUCACUAAUGCGAUGACCGACGCUGACAUUAUCCAAAAGCUCCUUGAAGAGAAGCCUCGUACACUCGCUUGUGCCUAUGACAUUGCCCACCGGUACGAGACCACAAAGAGAGCAGCCAGGGCCGUAACACAGAUGAUGCGUCCAGGGCUGGGUCCCCGCGGCUCGGCAGCAAGAGCGGCUGUGGUAUUGGAGGAUGCUCCAGCCUCUGAAUGCGAUCAACCAAGUCCAGGCCGCCUGGUACAGCCAUCCAUCGCCAAGGUUCUGCAGGGAAUAGGGCCUGAAGGUUUAUCUAUCCUGGGUGAAGUUGUCUUGCCUGUCUUCGUGGGGAGCAGAACAACGGAUGUAAAUUUCAUUAUGGCCGACACCGCCCGAAGCACCGAGGUCAUCCUGGGACAUCCCUUCCUGCGUCAGUCCAAUGCAUGCCUGGACUACGGCCGCCGAGAGAUAUCCCUCUUCAACGUAAAAGUUCCACGCUACGACCCCAAUUACCAGCCUGCUGCCGCCCAUGUCGUCCGGAUUGCCCGCACCACUGUCCUGGAACCUGGUCGUGAGUAUGUGGUACCUGGGUCCGCCAGCCUCCGCUCUCAAACCGGUGGCGACCUGAUGCUCAGUCCAACCAAGGCCUUUAUCGAGAAACACUGUGUCCUGGUGGCCCAUGCGGUCGUCCAACCACUAAAGUCCGCCGGCAUUCCCAUCCGAGUCUUCAACCCUGGGUCUACGCCUGUCACCCUGAAGAGAGGAACCGUGGCCGGUGUCCUCCAGCCUGCCGAGGUGGUGGCCACCCUUGAGUCGGCGCCAACCUUGCCCCCGUCUAAGCCGGGGCCCAUUAACUCUGUUUCUGUCCCUUCCCACUUGCAGGUCAUGUAUGGUGAGAGCUGCUCCAUCUUGUCAGAGGGUGACGGCAACAAACUCGCCCAUCUGCUACAUUCCUACGCCGAUAUCUUCUCUACUGGCCCUACUGACCUCGGCCGCACCAACAUCGUGCAACAUGACAUCCAGACCCUGCCAGGGCCUCCAGUCAAGCAGCCUCCACGCAGAAUGGCCGCCGACAAGCAGCUCGCCGCCGACCAGCAGCUUCAACAGAGUCUCGACGCGGGUGUUGCUCAACCGAGUAACAGUAGCUGGGCAGCGCCAAUCGUAGUGGUGAAGAAAAAGGACAAGUCUCCCAGGCUGUGUGUGGACUACAGACCGCUGAACGGAAGGACCAUCAAGGAUGCGUAUCCACUGCCGCGUAUCCAGGACACUCUUGACACACUGUCUACUGCCAGGGAAAUCACUGAGCCCAUCGACUUAGUGGUUGGGCUCCCCCCAAAUGACACUAAUUCUAGCUUGAAACCUGACUAUGUCGUAAAUCUCCGAGAGCAACUGGAGCGCUCGCACCAACUUGCACGAGAGGCUCUGGGAAAGGCCUCUGAAAGAGCAAAGAGACAGUAUGACAAGAACAUUUGCCAAACUCAGUACCUGGUCGGUUCUGCGGUGUGGUACCUGGUCAAAGGCACCAAACGAGUAAGACACAAGGUCCGCAAGUUCCUGCCGUCCUACGAGGGCCCUUACUUUAUCGUGGGUCAGCUGGACGACUUGGUGUACCAGAUCCAGAAAGGUCCAAGGGCAAAGAUUAAAGUUGUGCACCACGACAAGCUCAAACCUUUCCAUUCCAGAGCCCUGCUCGACAACAGCUGGGUUUUCCAGAGAAACGACACACCAACACCACUGGAGGUGUCUCCCCCUGUGUCUGAUGUGGACUCUGACACGGACUUCGGCCCUCUUCAGCUGUGGGACACUACUUCCGAGGAUACCCCUUCAGACACCAGAGACACUACCUCUGACUUCGAGAAUACCCCGGCCGCCGCCAGAGAGGUUGCUGGUCCUUCAUCACCUGGCCCUCAACCACCUGCCAGCCCCACACAGCCUCAGUGGGAUGAGGUUGGCACUCGGCAUACAUCGCAGAGCGUGAGACGGCGUCACCGUUCGAUCUCUGCCCCUCUGUCCAGGUCGCAGAGGACACGGAGAGCACCUGAUAAGUUUGGUGACUGGCUUAGUCACUAG